AUGGCAAACACAUUGAAUCCUGUCACUGAAACACAGCAGGAUUCCACUGUGGAAGAGUGCUCUGAAAUUGAUGUUCUUGCAAAGAAUUGGAUUCAAUCACAGUCUGAUAAAGAAGUCAAACGAAUCAAGGACGUUGGAUCCGAUGUUAUUCCUCUCAAGAUUAUCAAUUGUGGAAUUGUCCCCAAUUUUGAACUGAAAAAAGCCAGAGCUAUCAACCGUGUCGAACUUGAUACAGUACAAGAUAUUUCGAAGAUUCAACAGGUCAUGGUUUCUCCUGCUGUUGUAUAUCCUAAUAAGCCAAACUUCAACUAUGUACAUCUCAUCCUUGUCACCGAAGAUCCAACACCGUUUUUAGUACCAUAUCUUUACCAGACUAAUCUUAAGGUUAUCCAACCGGCCAAAGAAGAAGAAGGCCGCAAGUCUGCAAGUAAAGAGGUGGUAUUAAAAACUGAUCUUCGCGAAUUUCUAUUCCUUAACCGAAGAGGUGUCCGUGCUCGAUUUACGAUUCAUGAAUAUCAUGAUGUAUAA